UUUUAUUUGCCGGUUCAAAAACUUCCGUUGCACUCCUAAGUGUCAACAAUAAACAAAGAAAUUAUUUUUUUAUCAAUUAAAAAAUUAACGACCCAGGAUUAUUAAUAAUUCGUCAGGUAAAACUCAAGUCAGUUACUCAGUAAUUUUUGUGAUCCCACACUGACGUUAAUUUAAAAGCAAUAACAGUAUUUAUAAAAAAAUAUGUAAAAAUGGACAAUUUUCAAAACAUAAAAGCUUUUAACGCAGCUGCGCAGAAUUAUUUGAAACGUCCGAAUCAAACGACAGCUUCAGUGCUCCAGCAAUGUCUCGAUAUGAUAAUAAAAACAACAGACUUAAAAAUAUUCGAUACCAUCAGUCCGGUAACUAAAGAAUUUUAUCUGCACCUCCACAACCUGGUAAUUUCAUCAGACUCAUCAUCGCCGCCAAUCUGGAGCGUGAUAGAAGUGCUGCAGCACUUGUGCAACAGCCCGCAAGCAAGCCAGCAGCUGAUCCAUACCUACAAGUUCGCCUCCAUCGUGUCAAAACUCUUGGUACCGGACCUGGUGUCUCUCAAACGAGUGAAAGUCCUGAAAGUUCUCCAAGAACUGACCUAUGGGAUCAGAAUUCCUUAUCAAGAACGCUACUUGUUCAGCUUGAUACUGACGUUGACGCAGUGGAUAAUCGAGUCCAAUGAGGAAGAAAUCGUGAACCUGUCAGUGGGAGUCUUGAUAAAUGUCUGCUACAAGAACUUGCCUUCAAUUUAUACGCUGCUGAAGAAAACUGACAUCAAGGCGCUGCACCGCAAGCUCCUGGUCCUCCAGAAUGGCAGCAUUAGCAUCAGAGUCCAGUGCUGCAAGCUCCUGAUCAUGAUGGAGCAGGUGACGAAGACUAUUCCGGACCAACUGAUCUUCGAGUUCGUUGUCGUGACCAUGCAGAACCUUUUGACUGUUCUUCAGAACCAGGACACGUCAGUCCUGCGUCACUUGGUCGAGUUCUUUGAAGAUGUUCGACUGGAUGAGAGCUCGCGAACCGCCUUGGCCUCCUACGCUGACUACGCACGGGAUGUUAAGACAAUUAUCAAGCAUCUGAAGACCUCUGCGCCUGAAUCAGUCGCCUUGGUGAUUGAAUUUUUCCAAUCGCUGGUUAAAUUAAAGCAUCCGACGCUGAUUCCUCUGUAUCCUGAGCUGAUAAAAAUAGCCAUGACCUGGAUAGCUGAUGACCUGGUGGCUGUCAAAGCCAUGGGACUGCUACGAGUUAUUAUUUCAAACUCUCGGCUAAAUAAAAAUAUUUCCGAGCUUACUGCCAACAUAAAACUUGAUACUUUGAUGCUUGUCCUAGGUCCCGAUGAUGACUCCGACCCCAAAUAUCUGGAUGUCGAAAAAAGACUGACGGAAUUCGUAAAACUAAUGCUAGAGAUCAAUAAAGUCAAGUCAUUCCGUGGACAAGUCAGCUCCGAGUUCAGUGUCCAGCGGAUGAAGAAGCUUUUGCUGCCGGUCCUAGCCACCAAUGAUGGACCUAGAAACCUUCGGUGCGAACCAACCCAAGCGUUCUAUAUCCACGCGCUGGCUCUGACUGUCGAGUUGGCGAUCCAAGACUCAAAUUGGCUCGCUCUCUACACCGCUUUGAUGGAAGAACGAUCAGUUCAGAUGACCAUCGCCGUAGCGGUCUUUACUGGAGAUGCCGAAGUGAAGCAGACAGCUCUCCAAUUGAUAUCUUCAGCCAACUGUCCCCAAGAAUGUAUCUCAGCAGUUGCCAAGUGCAUGUGCGAGUUGGUUCCCCUUGCCCUAAUCGAAUCCCAGUCAACUUAUCAGAAUUUGAAUGCCUGUGAUAGUCAAUUGAGCAGUGCAAUAAAUGCCAGUGCUGAUGCUUCCUUCACAUUGGCACAAGAAAACGAACUGGACACUUUGCUGGGGAGCAUAAAUGAUCUGGUAAAGGAAAAUAAAAUAAAUGAAAUCACCACGUCCAAUGUAAUCGAAUUAUAUCAGUACAAGUUGCUGAUAAUGAGUCAAAACGAGAGAGUUAAUCAGGCGAAUCUUGAGGCCUGUAAUAAUCACGCAACGCGUUUGCAGCAACUGCUGGCCCAGACUACGGCUGAGUCGAAGGAACUGUACCAGUUGCUGUACUACUCCCAGCUGAAUGUCGAUUUGAUAAAAGACGACAAAGUCAGGAUGAGCAAGAAGCUACAAGAAACGGAGGAGCAGAGCAAGAAGCUGCUGAGCACCCAGAAGCUGGAGAUCGCGAGUCUAAAAAAAAUUUUGGACGAAAAGUCUAAGUCCAAUGAACAACAGGCUAAAGUUUUAGCUGAGUUGAAGAAGGAGAAAGACGAGUGGCUGAAGGAGAGACAAGAGCGGGACAACAAAGAGACGAAACGCGAAGCUAAGCUUCUAGAGCAGGCCAACAAGAUCGCGGAGAUCAAUAAGAUCAAUUCGAAAUUGGAAGACAGUCUGGGGAAGAAGAACCAGGCGAUCGAGAAAGUCAACAAGGAACUGGAGACUGCUCAGGAGACCAUCGCGGUCCUGCAGCGAGAGCUGAAGCAGUCCAAUGAGCAGAGCAAGGGCUACAUUCAGACGAUUGCGGAGAAGGAAGAAGAAAUAGGAAAACUACAUGGUGAAGUUAAGGAUCUCAGUCAGAUGCGCGACAUGAUAAUAAAUUUAGCAGCUUCCAAGAAAAAUAAUACCACCACGUAGUGCUAAUUAAGCUGUAGGUUUAUUGAUAAUCACGUAGUCAUUUAUUUUUAUAUCCAAGACUCAAAUUUUUUGUGAUGCUGAAGUUAGCCGACAUCCAGGAAUUUUUUGAUUUUUUUUUUAAUAAUAAAUUAUUUUUAAAAAAAU